AUGGUGGACUGGGUGGUGGAGAUCCCUGAGUUCUCUCUGGGGGUGAGGCAGAUGAAGGCAGUGUGCAUAGACACCGGCGUGGAGGGUGGCAAACAAGUCAUUUGGGAGCAAGUUGCCACCGGGAAGUUUACGCCCGGAGUGCCAGGUGUUGUUGUUGAACAUACCCAGAUGAUGCACGCUUCUGUGAAUGCCUUCAUGGAAACAUACUUUACCUCAUACUUUCAUCUUGGUGAGAUUGAUAUGGAAGGCCUCCGCCGGUUAUGCAACGAUUAUGAUGCUGAAGAUAACCUACCUAAAGGUAGCUCCUCCAAAGUCGAGCCUUCCUCCAACCCUCUUGGCCAAUUUACACCUUAUUUGGUGAUUUUUAAGGCCAUCAAUAAUGAUCUUGUUCGAUAUCUCGGUCUAUCCGUUAGCCUAGGGGUGUACUACAAAGGUAAACCAAUGAUGGAUCUGUUUUUCUUCACAUCACUCUUUGAAGUGGCUUCCUUCGAAUUCAGUGCCAUUGUCUCUGACCAUGACCCUUGGAGUACCAAAUCAUGUGAGGAUGCUUUUCCACAUGAAUUUUAUCAUUUGUCUACCUGUAAUGGCGGUCAGGUGCUCGACUUCGAUCCACUUGAUGAAAUAGUCAAUAACAACCAAAAGGAAAUUUGCUCCGCCUAG